GGAUGAAGGUCAGCGGUGAGAUCCCAGCCCUCCCGGACACGCAUCCUGCAAACCUCGACUGGCCCCUACCUCCGGCCCGGCCACAGGACCCGGACACCGAGGCGGGGAAGCCCCGGCCACGGCCGGCUUCGAGGACACAUACCUGCUGCCUGGGCUCAGGAUUCGCUUGGCUCUGCAGCGGUGCCGGCCGCAGCUCGCGCUCCCGGGGCUCCCCUGUCCGCCCCCCCGCCCCCUCGCGGCUCUGCCGCUCCCUGGGCUCCUCCGCCCACCGCGCUCGGGGGCGCGCGCGCGGUCUCGCUCCGGAGGCUUACCAGGGCUCGCGCCUGCGCCCUCGCCUCCCGCCGUCCGCGCGCGCGCCCCCGGCGGCUGCGGAGCGGCGGCGCGGCUGUCUAGGAAACAGCAGUCUCGGCGGGUCCGGCUGGCGGCUGCAGCCGGGCAGGGGGCGGGGGCUGGGUAGCCACCAGGGCCCGAACGCAGCGCGCCGGCGUCGUGGCGUGGAUAUACCCGGUUUUAAUGUGGUUGUAAUUGGCAUAAUAUCCCAUACCAAAAUGUCUUUUGAGCAGAAGAAAUAGAGGUGAAUUAUAAAGUGAGAGCCAGUUGCCUCUCUACUCUGCAAUCUAGGAGGAAAAGUUUCACCCAAGGACAAAUCAGGUAAUCUCUACACCCAACAUGGGGUUUGAACUCAUGACCCCGAGAUCAAGAGUUGCACACUCUACUGACUGAGCCAGCUAAGUGCCCCAGCAUUUUUCAUUUUAAAUUCUGGUUGUUCAUUGCUGGUAUAUUAUAAAGCAGUUGAGUUUUGAAUAUUAACUUUAUAUCCUACAACCUUGCUAAUAUUCACUUAUUCAUUCCAAGAGUUUUUUGGUUGAUUCUUUAGGGUAUUUUAUAUAGACAAACAUGUCACUGCGAACAAAGACAGUUUUGUUUCUUCCUUCUGAAUCUCUGUACCAUUUAUUUCCUUUUGUUGUCUUAAAACAUUAAGCUAAGUCUGCAUUAGCUAAGACUUACAGUAUGAUACUGAAAAGGGGGUGGUGAGACGAGACAUUCUUGCCUUGUUUCUGAUCUUAGUGGGAAAGCUUGUAGCUUCUCACCAUUAAAUAUGAUGUUGGCUGUAGAUUUUUGGAUAGAUGUUCUUUAUCAAAUUUAGGAAGUUCUCAUCUUCUAGUUUGUUGAGAUUUUUUUUUAUCAUAAAUAGAUAUUGGAUAUUAUCAGAUGUUUAUUCCUGCAAUUAUUGAUUUAAUCAUGUGAUUUUUCUUAAGGGUCUUGAUAUUGACAGAUUACAUUAAUUUUUGUCUUUUAUUUUAUUUUAUUUUUUUGAUUUUUUUUUUUUACGUUUAUUUAUUUUUGAGACAGGGAGAGACAGAGCAUGAAUGGGGGAGGGUCAGAGAGAGAGGGAGACACAGAAUCUGAAACAGGCUCCAGGCUCUGAGCUGUCAGCACAGAGCCCGACGCGGGGCUCGAACUCACAGAGUGCGAGAUCAUGACCUGAGCCGAAGUCGGACGCUUAACCGACUGAGCCACCCAGGCGCCCCAAUUUUUGUCUUUUAGAUUAUACUGAUAUUUGAAUUUGAACUAGAUUUGUGUAAGUGGAAUAAAGUCUACUUGGUUGUGGUGUCUAAUACUUUUUAGACACUGUUGGACUCAAUUUCCUAAUAUUUUGUAGAAGAUUUUUCAAUUUGUGUUCAUGAGAGAGAAUGGUCUGGCGUUUUCUUAUAAAGUCUUUGUCUGGUUUUGGCACUAGGGUAAUGCUGGCCUCAUUUAGUGAGUUAGAAAAUAUUCCCUCUGCUUCUUUCUUCUGGACAAGAUUUUAUAGAAUUGGUAUAAUUUCUUUCUUAAUUGUUUGGCAGAAAUCACUAGUGAACCUAUGUGGGCUUGGAACUUUCUGUUUUGGUAGGUUAUUCUUAAUUCUGUUUCUUUAAUGCAGAUAAGUCUUUCGGGGACUAUUCUUUUGUGGGCUUUGGUAGAUUGUGUCUUUCAAGGAAUUGGUCCAUUUUAUCUAGGUUAUUAAAUUUGUGGGCAUAGAGUUGUUAAUAGCCCUUUAUUAUUUUUUUAAUGUCCAUAGUAUCUAUAGUAUUUUCCCCUCUUUCAUUUCUGAUUUUAGUAAUUGGUGUCUUUUUAAAAAAUUUUUUAAUGUUUAUUUUUUUGAGGGAGAGAGAGAGAGACAGAGCAUGAGCUGGGGUGGAGCAGAGAGAGAGGGAGACACAGAAUCCGAAGCAGGCUCCAGACUCUGAGCUCUCAGCAGUAAGCCCGGUGCAGGGCUCAAACCCACCAACUGUGAUAUCAUGACCUGAGCUGAAGUCAGAUGCUUAACUGACUGAGCCACCCAGGUGCCCCAUAAUUUGUAUCUUCUUUCUUUUUUUCUUAACCUGGCUAGAGGCUUAAUGAAUUUAUUGAUUUUUAUGAAGAACCAGCUUUUGGUUUCAUUGAUUUUUCUCUAUUAUUUUCCUCAUCAAUUUCACAGAUUUUUGCUUUAAUUUUUAUUAUUUCUUUUCUUCUUACUUUGUAUUUAAUUUGAUGUGUGUGUGUGUGUGUGGUUUUUUUUUUUUUUACUUUUGUAAGGUGGAAGCUUAGAUGAUGAAUUUAAGUUCUUUCUUCUUUUUUAAUAUAUGUAUUUAAUGCUGUAAAUGUUACCUCUAAGCACUGCUUUCACUGCAUCCCACAAAUUUUGGUAAGUUGUAAUUUUGUUUUCAUUUAGUUAAAAAUAUUUUAAAAUUUCUCUUGAGAUUUCUCCUCUUUGACCCAUAUAUUACUUAGAAGUGUGUUAUUUAAUCUCUAUUUAUUUGGGGAUUUUCCAGCUGUUACUAUUUUCUAGUUUAAUUUUGUGAUCUGAGACCACAUAUUGAUGGUUUUUGUCUUGUUAAUUGUAUUAGGGUAUAUUUCAUGGCCCAGAAUUUGGUCUCUCUUGGUGAAUAUGCCAUGUGACCUUGAGAAGAAUAUGUAUUCUGCUAUUGGAUGAAGUAUUCUGUAGAUGUUUGAUUAUUAUAUUUGAAAUAUAGCUAUUUGAUGAUGCCGUUGCAUUUAGUUAUGUCAUUACUGAUUUUGUGCCUACUGGAUCUAUUACUAAUAGAGGGGUAUUGAAGGCUUUCAGUUGCUUUUUUUUUUUUUUUUUUGGCUUGGUCUGCUGUUCUUUCUUGGUUUUAAUUUAUUUCUUUAAAUUCAAGUUAGUUGACAUACAAUAUAGUAUUGGUUUUAGGAGUAGAACCCAGUGAUUCAUUGUUUACAUAGAAUACCCAGUGGUCAUCCCAAGUGCCCUCCCUAAUCAUUUAACCCAUCCUUCCACCCACCACCCCUCCAGCAACCCUCAGUUUGUUCUCUGUAUUUAAUAGUCUCUUAUGGUUUGCCUCCCUCUCUGUUUUUAUCUUAUUUUUCCUUCCCUUCCCUAUGUUCAUCUGUUGUGUUUCUUAAAUUCCACAUAUGAGUGAAAUCAUACGGUAUUUGUGUUUCUCUCACUGAUCUUGUUUAGCAUAAUACACUCUGGUUCCAUCCACAUUGUUGCAAAUGGCAAGAUUUCUAAUUCUUUUUGAUCACUGAGUAGUAUUCCAUUGUAUAUAUGUAUAUAUACCACUUUAUCCAUUCAUCAGUCAAGGGACAUUUGGACCCUUUCCAUAAUUUGGCUACACUUUCUUCUUGUCCCACAAUCCAUACAGUUUAGGAGGGAGAUCCCAUAACGGGUUAGUUCUUACAAAUUUAGACCAUUUAUUUGAGGAAGUUGUUGAAUAUAAGUCCAAUUUUAUUUUGGUCUCAGAAUUGAUGAAAAAUAUCAUUGGCAAAAAAGUUAUCACAUAUAAAAUCCAGAAACAAGUUAAUUAUCUUAAUUUUGUCUAAUUAAAUUCUUCAUACCUUUGCUUUAGUUUUUCAAACUAUACCUAAGAUAUAAGUUAAAUAACCAUCCCCUGGAUCAGUUUGGGUGAGUUGGAUAUUUUUUGAAGCCUUUGGUUAUAGCUUCAUUUUCUGUUUUUAGUUUUGUAGAAUUUUAGCUCAGGGAACUAGGGGAGGCAUUUCAUAUUGGCAUUGAAUGAGUGGGCGUGUCUUUUUGAAUGGUGGUUUCCUUGUGCUGUGACAGUUUGUCAGCUUAGCUUCCUCUAGUCCAACUGUCUUAAAUCUCUGGAAUUUGAUCACCUAGCUAUGCUUAUUCUUGAUGUAGUAUAACCUGCAUAAAACCAAUAAAUAUUAAUGUUUGUUGUUAUUAGCUAAUAUUUAGUUGUAUUAAGAGCUAAUAUUUAUUGAUUACUCAUGUAUCAGGAAUUAUUCUAAGGGCUUUGCACAGUUAGGUGUUUGUUUUGAGGAUUAAAAGAAACAAGAGGUUGAUAAUACUUAUAUCUCCAUUUUACAGGUGAGAAAACUAUUAAACAACAUGCUCAAGAUUACAAUUGGUGACAAAUCCAAGUUUUCAUCACAGGGCUGCCUUACUCCAAAGCUCAUUCUCUUAAUUGCACUACCUGCUGCUCAAUCCUGAGGACUUUCUAAGUUUUAGGAACCAGUUGCUUAGGCUUGAAACUAUAGAAUAACAUGAAAGUAAUGGUCUCUUCUAACAGCAAAACACAUAUUUGUAAGUUUUCUAGUUCUCAGCCUCAAAUCUUAUUCUUAUAAAUAUAGCUUUAGUACUUUUUACUUCCUAACAGGGACAAGUUGUGGUUCAUACAAAAUUGAGAAUAGAAAGUAUAGCAAAGGUGCUUUAGAUAUGUUUACUAUUUUAGACGGAGGAAAAUCUAUCCAUCGGUAUUUUAAAUUUUAGUCCUAAUAAUACCAUCACUAACUUCCUCUCUCCCUUCCUCUCUCUCCCUUCCUCCCUUCAUUCGUUUCUUUCCUUUUUUCCUGCUGGCAUUGAUUGUGGUACUUUGUGGAAAUUAUCUAAGCUUUUGGUAUUUUAGUUUGUAAUCUUAUAAAAUAUGCCCUUUUUCUAUAUUUGAAAAGAGAGGUUUAAUAUUUUCAUUUGAAAUAAAUUUGGGUUACCAAGAUUAGUGUUAUUACUAUUGGGUCACCUGGGUGGCUCAGUUGGUUGCAGGUCAUGAUCUUGUGGUUCUUGAGUUUGAGCCCUGCGUCAGACUCUGUGCUGACAGCUCAGAACCUGGAGCCUGCUUUGGAUUCUGUGUGUGUCGCUCUCUCUGCCCCUCCCCCACUCAUGUUCUAUCUCUCCAAAAUAAAUAAAUGUUAAAAAAAUUUUAAGUGUUAUUACUAUUAAUGUUCUAUGAAAUUUCAUCUAUCACUGUGUUUAAUAAAACCUCUUCUUAUUUAUUAUUUCAAAGCUUUAAUGAAAACCCGGUUAUAUAUGUUCUCUUUCACAGAAAAUUGCUUUGUGUAAAAAUGUUUUUAUUUUAGUGUCUAUUUUUAAAAAUAGGGGUAAAAGUCCUCUCCAUUCUCUACCAACUAGAUAGAAUUUUUUCAUCUGGAUUAUUCAUAUUAAUAUUUCUAAAAAGUACUGAUUUUAUUUUCUAUCAUAGAAGUUAGAGUAAAAGCCUUGGGUGAUUGGAUGAUAAAAUUUCACCCUGAUAAAAUUAUCAGGUUUUUUUUUCCCCACGUGAAGUUAAUAGUGGCUCAAUCAUCCUGUAAAAAUGUAAAACUACAAUGAGAUAUCAUCCCACACCUGUCAGAAUGGCUAAAAUCAAUAACACAAGAAACAAGUGUUGGUGAGGAUUUGGAGAAAAAGGAACCUUGUGCACUGUUGGUGGGAAUGCAAAGUGGUGCAGUCACUCUGGAAAACAGUAUAGAGGUUCCUCAAAAAGUUAAAAAUAGAACUACCCUAUGAUACAGCAAUUGUACUACUGAUAUUUACCCUAAAAAUACAAAAACACGAAUUCAAAGGGAUACAUGCAUCUCUAUGUUUAUUGCAGCAUUAUUUAUAAUAGCCAAGAUAUGGAAGCAGCCCAAGUGUCCAUUGAUAGAUGAAUCAAUAAAAAAGAGGUGGUAUGUAUACAUAAUGGAAUAUUAUUUGGCCAUAAAAAAGAAUGAAAAUUGGCCAUUGGCAACAUGGAUGGAUCUAGAGAGUAUAAUGCUAAGCAAAAUAAGUCAGAGAAAAACAGAUACCAUAUGAUUUCACUCAUAUUUGGAAUUUAAGAAACAAAACAAAUGAGCCAAGGGGGAAAAAAGAGACAAACCAAGAAACAGACCCUUAACUACAGAGAACAAACUGAUGGUUACCAGAGGGGAGGUGCAUGUGGAGAUAGUUGAAAUACGUGAUGGGGAUUAAAGAAAGAGAACACUUAUUGGUGCAUGUGGGGGCUCAGUCAGAUAAGCAUCCAACUUCGACUCAUGAUCUCACAGUUUGUGGGUUCAAGCCCCAUAUUGGGCUCUGUGCUGACAGCUCAGAGGCUGGAGCUUGCUUCAGAUUCUGUGUCUCUGACUCUCUCUCUGACCUAUUCCCUGCUUACACUCUGUCUCUGUCUCUGUCUCUGUCUCUAUCUCUAUCUCUCUCUCAAAAAUAAAUGAUAAAAAAAUAAAGAGUACACUUAUCAUGAUGAGCACUAAUGUAUAGAAUUGUUGAAUCAAUGUAUUGUCCACCUGAAACUAAUAGUGUAUGUUAAUAUACUGGAAUUAAAAUAAGCAACUUAAUAAAAAAAUAAAAACAA